UUCGUCUAACACAACUUUGCAAGUCACCGACUCGGAAGGCACCGGUUGGAGUCUCGGAGAAAGGAUAGCAGCGCAGCCCCACGUCACUCAACACCCUUCAGCCGCUGCGGGUAGCCGACCACAGUCCACUGGGCCGUAACGGCCCCGCCCACGUCCCGCCCUCCAGUGGGCGGGGACAGAAUCGACCAACCAGGAGUUCCUGAGGCAUGCAAAUAAACCUCCGCCCCCAGAGGAAAGGCGUUUCCCCAGAAGCUGCUGCUGUUGCCUCGGUCGACGCAGUCUGGUCAACCCGGCUAAUCAGCAAUCAAGUCCGUUAGCCAGGCCGGAAGUGGAGACCCCUGCAUCCUCCGCCCGGAGCAGGAAGAUUGCUGAGGAGGUGGACAGGCGGCCGGGUCAGGGCGGAGGCUGAGGACCAAGUAGGCAUGGCGGAGGGCGGGACCGGCCCCGAUGGACGGGCCGGCCCGGGACCCGCAGGUCCUAAUCUGAAGGAGUGGCUGAGGGAGCAGUUCUGUGACCAUCCACUGGAGCACUGUGACGAUACAAGACUCCAUGAUGCAGCCUAUGUAGGGGACCUCCAGACCCUUAGGAACCUACUACAAGAGGAGAGCUACCGGAGCCGCAUCAAUGAGAAGUCUGUCUGGUGCUGCGGCUGGCUCCCCUGCACACCACUGAGGAUCGCAGCCACCGCAGGCCAUGGGAACUGUGUGGACUUCCUCAUACGCAAAGGGGCAGAGGUGGACCUGGUGGAUGUCAAGGGGCAGACUGCCCUGUAUGUGGCUGUAGUGAACGGGCACUUGGAGAGCACUGAGAUCCUUUUGGAAGCUGGUGCUGAUCCCAACGGCAGCCGGCACCACCGCAGCACUCCUGUGUACCAUGCCUCUCGUGUGGGUAGAGACGACAUCCUGAAGGCUCUUAUCAGGUACGGGGCGGAUGUUGAUGUCAACCAUCAUCUGACUCCUGACACUCGGCCCCCUUUUUCAAGGCGGCUAACCUCCUUGGUGGUCUGUCCUCUAUACAUCAGUGCUGCCUACCAUAACCUUCAGUGCUUCAGGCUGCUCUUGCAGGCUGGGGCAAAUCCUGACUUCAAUUGCAAUGGCCCUGUCAACACCCAGGAGUUCUACAGGGGAUCUCCUGGGUGUGUCAUGGAUGCUGUCCUGCGCCAUGGCUGUGAAGCAGCCUUUGUGAGUCUGUUGGUAGAGUUUGGAGCCAACCUGAACCUGGUGAAGUGGGAAUCCCUGGGCCCAGAGGCAAGAGGCAGAAGAAAGAUGGAUCCUGAGGCCUUGCAGGUCUUUAAAGAAGCCAGAAGUAUUCCCAGGACCUUGCUGAGUUUGUGCCGGGUGGCUGUGAGAAGAGCUCUUGGCAAAUACCGACUGCAUCUGGUUCCCUUGCUGCCGCUGCCAGACCCCAUAAAGAAGUUUUUGCUUUAUGAGUAGCAUUCACAUGCAGCGCUGACUGCAGUGUGGAAGCCGAUCACCUGCAGUGAAAACUGACACAGACUCUGGCAUCCUGGGAACCAUGGCCUGUGCUGCCAGCUUGGUCCUUGGCUGUCAGUGAAGAAGAAACGGCUGUGUUCUCUUGGACUGUGAUUCCAUCUCAGGUGCUUGGGCCAUCGAACGCUCCUUGAGUCAUUGUCAACUGAGAGGCGCAUACAAACUUAAUUUUGUUCCUCUUCAGUCUCUCUGUUUUGGAUUCUUCCUGGCAAUGUGUGCAGUAUGGGCUGAGCCUGGUGAUUGCCCCAGUGGGGAAGGCUUUUUUCUCCAGGCUAUGCAUCUAUUUAUGUUCCUACUUUGCAAUUUAUUGUUCUUUUAAGGCUUGAUAUCCAAACAGAAAGAGAGGUUUGUUAAGAAAAGAUGUAGGGAGGAGGAAUUCGGUUCAUGCACUUGCUAGCCUGCUUUCUUGCCUGGGUUUGUCUGUCUAUGCUGUCGAUGCUUGUCUGUCUAUGCUGCCAGGUGCACAUCCCUUCUCUUCGCUGCCACUGUUCUCUUUUGGGAGUUGUCUUCCGUCUAAGAUGGCUUCUGGGCUGCUAUCUUUUUUUUUUUUUUUUUUGGUUUUUCGA